AUGGGCAACCAUUCGACCGGCAAGGUUAGCAACUCGAGCUUUGGAAAUGCAUUGAGACCCUCAGCCGGCCUCCACAACGGACACAAUGGCCUCGCCUCUUCCUCUGUCCCUGGACUUGGGAAUGGUGUGGUCAAUCACGUUCUUGGAGCAGUCCCCAUCUCGUCAUCAUCGUCAAGCUGGCUCCAGACCAAGAAGCCCAAGGAGUUAGGUACAGUGUCUGUCAACGAGAUGUCGGCCAAGCAGCCCCUCGAGCUUGGCUCCGAGUUCGUGGAAGCCUACCUCAACAGAGACGACAAGUAUCCUGAGUUGGAUAGACUUGUGAUGCAGGGACAAUUGUCCGAAUACAUUUUUGCUCAGUCUGGUGACUUGGGAGCACUGACGCCAUUCACACGAACGGAGGUUAUCAAUAUGCCUGACGAGCUCUAUGAGCAAUACAACCACACGGAGACAAGCACCAAGAUGGGCAUGUUCUCAGAGAUUGACCGAAUCUGGAUGACUGUGGACAACCGAAUCUACUUCUGGUCCUACAUCGAUCAAGCCUACCAUGCCUUCGAGGGACUGGAGCACACAAUCACGUCGGUGAGUCUGGUAAAACCCAAGGCCAACACCUUCAUCGACCUUAUUUCGCAUGUUUUGGUCCUCACCACCCCACUAGAGGUCUACCUCGUUGCCGUGGGAUACAACAAGACCACAGAUGAGUUUGAGCUUUUCGAUACGGGCAUGCACACCUCUAUCAAGGGUCUGGAUGUGGACCAGGUUAUUGCUUCCAAGGACACUGGAAGAGUUUUCUUCACAGGUCCUGGCGACGGCACCAACGUCUACGAGCUUAUCUACAAUAAUCAGGACAGAUGGUUCCGAGACAAGUGUUCCAAGGUCUGCCGAACCAAGAACAGCAUUGUCGCUUCUUUGCAACCCAUUGCUAUCGGUGAGGUUGCUGGUGAAGGUACUGGCAUUCUGGGUAAACUGGUGAGUUCCUUCCUCCCAUCUCAUGAGCGAGAGGUGAUUGUUCAGAUGGUCAUUGACGACUCCAGAAAGCUGUUAUACACUCUGUCAUCCACCUCUACUAUGAGAGUGUACCACAUGGCCACCGAUGAUCUGAAACUCACCUUCACUUACACCUUCCCCCAAGUGCUGUCUCAUCUGCAGAUGAUCACCGCCAGCACCCCUACCUCGCAUGCGCCCAAUCACGGCGCCCAUGGUCACGCGCAUGGCCACGGUACUGCUUCUCAUACCGGAACCAACAGCCGUACCAAGCCGGCUACUCCCCUCAUCUCCAAGCAAACCAAGAUUGUUUCCAUCAAGCCCGUCAUGGCUACUGAGUCUUCUCAAAUCCAUCUCGUGGCUGUGACCUCUUCCGGCUGGAGAUUGUACAUUCGGGCUGCGCGAUCUUACACCUUUGGUGCUGGAGGAACGGCACCUUCUGCAUCCAACCCCCCCACAUUCAUGCAGGUGAUCCAGGUUCGGUUCCCUCCUUCCUCCAGCCCCGAGGCCGUGCCUCCCAUGCAGUCCAAGGUUCUGAGCGGCACCCUGGGCACCUCUCGUCUCUUUGAGCCUGGCCACUUCUUUGCUGUGGUCCCUGCCGAGACUGAGGAGGAGGGUGAUAAGGCCAUGCCCACGUCAGACCGAGUUUUUGUGGCUGCUCCCGACACCGGACGAAUCCUGUACCAGCAGUCAUCUCUGGCUGCAGCUGCUAACCCUGUUUACAUUGAGAACGCCUCCUUCCUUGAGGUGGAUGGUUUCGUGCAAUCUAUCCAGCUUCUUACUCCUCCAUUCCGAGCCACAAACCAUCCCGAGGGCUUCGGAAAUGAGUCUGCCUGUCAAUACGAAAAGUCUGCCCAUCAGAAGGUUGCCGUUCUCACCCAGACUGGUCUCCAUAUUUAUGAACGAACUCUUCCCUAUGAGACCUUCCAGCGUCUUGGAGGCGAUGUCAAGACUUUCUUUGACCUCUACGGCCGAACCGAGACUUGUGCUACUGCCCUGUCUCUGGCUUCCAUGAAUAUUUCGUCCCCUGAGGAGCGAGAGCUGGCCCGAAAGGUCUACAUUGAGGUCGGUGGACGAGCCCACCUCGUCGACGAUGACACUAACUAUGGUAUUACUGCUGCCAGUGUGACCCCUACCGGUACCACCUCUUCUCCCCCACAGGUUGUCAAGCUGUCGGGCAGAUUUGAAGGCCUGGCCACCUACCUUUCUCGAGCCAUCCGGCCCCUUUGGCAGCAAAACGUCUUUGCCCUGGUGCCCCGAGUCGUCAACGGCGAGGCCAAGGAACAGUUUGUGCUCAAGCUAUCGCGAGAACACAUUGAGGAUGCCCAAGUACGUCUCAUUGAGAUCAGCGAGUUCCUGACUAAGAACAAGACCUUCAUCGAGGGUCUUGCUGGAGCCGACCGAGUGGUUCUGGGCGGAAACCGAGCCGAAGAGACCGCUCUUCUUGCUGAACAUACCGCUCUCAAUGCUCUUGUCAAGUUGGUAAACAACAUGAAGGAGGCCACAGCUCUUCUGCAGCUGCUCCAAGACGAAACUGCAUCUGCCCCCAACGGAAUUGAGAGUAUCAUGGUGUACCUCACUCCUGCUGCUCGAGAGCAGAUGGCUAAGCUCAAGUUCUUCGAGCUGGUCACUCGAAAGGCUGGCAUUGAUCUGGCCAAGGAGCUUGUCACCUGUCUUGUCAACAAGGCCAUUGCUGAUGGAGGAUCGGUUGAGUCUGUGGCUAGUAUCCUUGAGGAUCGAUGCAACUCGUACUGUUCUGCAUCGGAUGUUCUUACUUACAAGGCCAUUGAAGCUCUUAAGCGAGCCAAGGACGUAGGUGUUCGAGACCCUGAGCUUCGACAACAGCUGCUGGCUGAGUCCGUCAGACUGUUUGAGAAGACUGCCGGAAGCCUCAGCAUCGACUCUCUUUCCGAGUCCAUCGAUCUCUACUGCGAACAGGGAUACUACACUGGGGCCAUUCAGGUUGCUCUUUCUGUUGCUCAGGAGAUGGACAGAGCCAAUGUUGCUGCAGCAUACAUCCUUGAUGACAUGCCUGAAGGUGAUGUUCGUCAAGAGACUUACGAGAAGCGAGUUAAGGUCUACUCGAUGGUUUUUGGAGUGCUUGAGCGAGUGGUUGAGGAUUCUCCCGUCAACUCCCCUGUCCCCAACGAGGCUUAUGACAUUGCCCUGGCUUCCACCGAUGAGGUCUUCCAGUACUGUUUCUACGACUGGUUCAUCGAGACUGGAAACUCGGCUCGUUUGCUGGACCUCGACACCCCUUACAUUCUGCCUUACCUUGUUAACAAUGCGAAGAAGAGCGUGAACAUGGCCGACCUGCUGUGGUGUUAUUAUCAGAUGCGAGGCAGCGUCAUUUCUGCUGCCGAGGUUCUGUUCGACAUUGCCACCUCGACCAAGUUUGUGCUUCCUCUGGCUCAGCGAAUUGAGUGUCUGUCCCGAGCCCGAGGCUACGUCAACUGCCCUGCCCCCAUCACUUCUCGGCAGCAGCUUGCUCAGCUGACCACCCGAAUCCAGGAGCUCCUUGAGGUUUCUUCUAUCCAGGAUGACAUUCUCACAAACGUCAAAAAAGACCCCCGGUUCCAUGAUGCUCGACGUCAGGAGACCAUGGCCAAACUUGAUGGCCCUAUCAUGGGUGUUUCUGAGCUUUUUAACCUGUAUGCCGACCCCCUGCAAUACCUUGAGUCUUGUUUGGCUUUAUUCCAGGUGUCUGACUACCGACAGAACGAUGAGAUUCUCAACUGCUGGAACAAGCUCAUUGUGCAGACCGACCAGAAGGGAGAGGAGGACCACGACGGUGACCGCGCUCAGUCUUACGAGUACGUUGCCAACAUGGUGCAGCGUCUCGGUAAGCAGUUCAUGGUGUCUGAGUUUGUCUUCCCUUAUGACCAGCUUAUCCCUAUUCUGGAGCUCUAUAGAGUCCAGCACCAGCCAGACUCUCCGGUUGGAUGGGUUGUCGACACAUUCCUUGGUGCAUCUCUUGGCUACGAGACUGUCUACACCUGUCUGUCGGACAUGAUUGAGCGACGGGAGUACCCCUUCUCCGAGGAGCAUGCCAUGCGAUUGCUGGCUCUGGAUGUUAUUUAUCUUUUGGAAAAGUGGUUGGCUGAGAGCCGGGGCAUCGCGCAGAUCCAGAAUGUAGUUAGUGCCGAUAUGCUCGACACUCUGGAGCAGUACACGAGCCAAGGAGACGUUGCAGGUCUGCGAAGACGACUGCGAAUUUAA